AUGCUCUCUAUCGAUGUCGACCCCGUGGUCUUUCCCACAUCGAAUCGGACAGCCUACCGCGUCACCUAUUUCCCCAUUGUCUCCUAUUCCCAGGGGGAGUAUCCCGACAUGGAGGCUCCAUUGGACGGCGGACACCGAGUUGGCGACUAUCACAUUCCUAUAGCACAUAGCGAGGACGGGGCUCCGGAUCCUUUCCCCCACCAGGUUGUGUUCGACUGCGAAGUAGGGAGUCCCAUAACUAGGCUGUCUUGGCCUUGUCUUCUAACCAUACGUUUGAGCACGAUGUUGAUGCUCUAUGCGCCGAUCCGCAGGGUCAUAGGUGUCAAAGCGUCUUUCCCCGUCGUCCAGAGGGUUUUUCGGCUCGCUCAAGAACUCUCCUCAGGCGAGGGAGGUUCCAAUGCUGAGAGCAUCAGUCCCCACAUGGUAUUCGGAGGAGACGGCGAUGAGGUUGAAGACUGGGACGUCGAAGACUAUGACGAAGGGGAAGGUGAUCUGGACUGGUUCAAUAGUUUCUUCUUCUCUUCAACCAGCGUGCAAGAUUCGGUGCGACGGAGCUGUCGUGUCGUUAGUGAUGUUGAAGUACGCUGUUCAGCUCAGAUAAGCGGGACUCCGGGAUUAGCAGGGAACCCUCGCAAACAUGCGAGGGGCUCGAUUAUAAGGUACUCUACUUAUAUACUCCUGUAAACUACGGAUAGGGGAAAUGGUAUCAAAGAGGGGGAUGAUAACGGAUGUGCGACGUAUUUGGCAACUCAACAAGUGAUUGGCAGGAGCGGAAUGCGCGACAGGCCCUGACAAUCUAGCUGUUUCUCUCUGUGUGUACACUCUUUUGUAUCAUACUCGAAAUGAAUUGUAGGACAUGUAACUGGACUUCGUAAUGGCGU